GCAGGAACAGGAGCCCGGGCUGAGUCUGAAAAAAGCCGGAUCCAGAAGGUGGCUCCGGAACGGCUGGAAUUGGAAGAUGGAGGAGCCGGAGGAACCGGCGGACAGUGGGCAGUCGCUGCCUCCAGUGUACAUCUACAGUCCCGAGUAUGUCAGCAUGUGCGACUCCCUGGCCAAAGUCCCCAAACGGGCCAGUAUGGUACAUUCUUUGAUUGAAGCAUAUGCACUGCAUAAGCAAAUGAGGAUAGUUAAGCCCAAAGUAGCCUCCAUGGAGGAGAUGGCCACCUUCCACACUGAUGCCUAUCUGCAGCAUCUCCAGAAGGUCAGCCAAGAAGGAGAUGACGAUCAUCCAGACUCCGUAGAAUACGGGCUAGGUUAUGACUGUCCAGCCACUGAAGGGAUAUUUGACUACGCAGCAGCUGUAGGAGGGGCUACAAUCACAGCUGCCCAAUGCCUGAUUGAUGGAAUGUGCAAAGUAGCAAUUAACUGGUCCGGAGGGUGGCAUCAUGCAAAGAAAGAUGAAGCAUCUGGUUUUUGUUAUCUCAAUGAUGCUGUCCUGGGAAUAUUACGAUUGCGACGGAAAUUUGACCGUAUUCUCUAUGUGGAUUUGGAUCUGCACCAUGGAGAUGGUGUAGAAGAUGCCUUCAGUUUCACCUCUAAAGUCAUGACAGUGUCCCUACACAAAUUCUCCCCAGGAUUUUUCCCAGGAACAGGUGACGUGUCUGAUGUUGGCUUAGGAAAGGGACGGUACUACAGUGUAAAUGUGCCCAUUCAGGAUGGCAUACAGGAUGAGAAGUAUUACCACAUCUGUGAAAGUGUACUAAAGGAGGUAUACAUAGCCUUUAAUCCUAAAGCAGUGGUCUUACAGCUGGGAGCUGAUACAAUUGCUGGGGAUCCCAUGUGCUCCUUUAACAUGACUCCAGUGGGAAUUGGCAAAUGUCUUAAGUACAUCCUUCAGUGGCAAUUGGCAACACUCAUUUUGGGAGGAGGAGGCUAUAACCUUGCCAACACGGCUCGAUGCUGGACAUACUUGACCGGGGUCAUCCUAGGGAAAACACUAUCCUCUGAGAUCCCAGAUCAUGAGUUUUUCACAGCAUAUGGUCCUGAUUAUGUGUUGGAAAUCACGCCAAGCUGCCGGCCAGACCGCAAUGAGCCCCACCGAGUCCAGCAAAUCCUCAACUACAUCAAAGGGAAUCUGAAGCAUGUGGUCUAGUUGACAAAAAGAGAUCAGGUUUCCAGAGCUGAGGAACAGUGCCUGUAAUGAAGACAGC